AUCUACUGAUCUGUAAAAACAAAGCCGUAGAAUGAUUUUCUUUCUUUCUUUCUUUGUUCAACAAAAAUAUAAAAAGAAAAAGAAAAAAAACCUGAACGUCAAAAACGAACGUACUCUCGAACAGCUGCUUUCUUUGUUUUGAAUGAAUGCUACGUUGUUGUGUAGCGUAUUCACUGGCGACUUUCCUUUUUGUUUACAAGUUAUUAAUAACUAAUUUAAAAAGUAUUGGCCCAAAGCUAGUUCCCUUCUUUAAAAGUGUAUCCGUGUAUUUUAUAUUACUGGCCGAGCAGCCGUCCCUCCUGACGGCAUGUUUCAAGUGUUUGCCAAUUAUAAGUCUAAUCGUCUUUGUUCUUCUCCAUGGAAUUAGUUUAUCGCAGGAGUAUACUUUCUCCAGGCGCAUAUUGACAGGGUUAAUAUUCAGUUGCAUAGGAGACGCGUUAUUGGUUUGGCCCAGUUGUUUCACCCCGGGGAUGUGUAUGUUUGCCAUGGCCCAAAUCAUGUACAUUAGCGCAUUCGGUUUUAUACCGCUCAACAUAAUGCUAGGUACAAUCCUAUACGCGAUGUGUUCGCUAGUCAUAUAUGCUCUAAUGCCUGGUCUAAACGGUGUCCUGGUUGUUGGAGUUCCAAUUUAUAUAAUAUUAUUGACUACUAUGGCAUGGAGGGCGAUUUCAAGAGUACAGUUUUAUAAGGAAUUAUGGACAUGGACUAAACUGUGCAGCUGCAUUGGUAGUAUAUGUUUCCUUGUAUCAGACACCUUACUGGGAUUUCAUUACUUCCAUACUCCAUUGCCGUAUUCUCAGGUUUCUAUAAUGUUGACGUACUACGCGGCUCAGUUAGGAAUAGCGCUGAGUGCUGUAGGUUCAAAAAAUAAUAGCAUCAUUAGUAACAACAACAAUAAUAACAAUAAUAAUAAUAAUGCUAGGGAAGAUAAAAAUGAAGCAAAUCUAAUGAGAGAUUAAGAAAAUUUUGUCUUCUGUUUACUGACUGUAAAUAUUAACUGAAUAUUAUGAUAUGCUACUCAAAUUAACUAAGUUAUAUGGUUAUUUUGAAUAGCAUAUGUAUUACAUAAUUGUUGGUUUUGAAUAGGUACAAUGCAUCAGGUUUAGCGAUUCACAGUAGAAUCUAAAGUCGUACCACUGCCACUUUAUUAAGGCAAGAAUUUUUACCAGACUAUUCGACUUUUCCUAACUGAUAUUUAUCGCAUCGUAUCUCUGUACGAAAGGCAACAUUUGAUAAGCAUUUAAGAAGCAAUUACCGAUUCUAGCUUCUUUUCUCAAACACCUCUGUCGAACAAAUAACAAAAAUGUAUUUUAAAUGCUGUGAAUUAUUAGAAGUAUUGCAUAAUAACGUUGAACAAUGAUUAUGAGAUUCUGCAGUCGUAGGAAUUCUAGUUUUACUCUAAUUCAACACUACUUCACACUGUUAUUAUCUAAAGAACAUAAAGUACCGUAUUCUUAAAUAUUUUUCGACCUGAAAAGAAUAAUGAUAAAAUAAUCAUAUUUUGUGGAUUGUUUCACAAUACACAAAACGAACCAAAUCGCAUUUCUUUGUACAAUAGACUAUACAAAUGUUAAAUAUUCUGUAAAUUGAUAGUUUAAUGGUAGUUAAUUGUAUAGAGAUAGAAUAAUUUAAACUGUUAAAUAAAAUUAGAUGUUUAAUACUGUCUUCUCGUCUAAAACGGUAUUAAAAGAAAAAUAAUUUAAUGGUUUAAAUAGAUUUACAAAGAGGAUAAUAGUUCAGUUGUUGCGAAUAGACCACGAGUAUUGCAUUUAUCAAUAUAUAUAGGUAUUAAACGAUAGUGAUGUAUUUAUUGUAUUGUAUAUUUUUACGAUAGGUGAAAUCUGAAGCACUGAUUCGGAAAUCUAAAUGUUAUUUUUCUGACAGGACUAUUUUUUCUAACAACUUCAAGAAAACGUAUGGUUUUCUUUCGCAAAAUAUAUUUUGUAUUUUAGAAUCUAGCGAUUAUGAUAACUGACUUGUAGGCGACUACAGUAGAUCUCGAUGACAUAUCAUAUUUAAUAUUAAACGAAAUAAUAAUGUUGAAACUGUAAAAAAGAUUCGAUGUGGUAACCAUGUAUGUAUGAAUCAGAAUUGAAUAAAAUGGAAUUUGAUGAAAACA